AGCACCAAAGACACUUACUGUCCCCCCACCUUUUCUGUCCUCCAGGGGAGAGGCCUGAGUGGAAGUAGCCCUAGAUUGUUGGGUACCAUACUCUCCUGCCUCUCCUUUAUGUGCACGUUUCCGAAGGGCUUUAACAGCGCAUCUUGGCUGGCGGGUGGGUGUAAGAAGGAGGAGGCUGAAGGUUCUCGCCCUGUCGGGUAACGUGCAGAGGACCCUCACCAUUGGACUGCGUCGGGAGGGAGUGGGAGCUCUCAGAGGUAGGGGAAGAAGGGGUAUAAAGGGGAGGGGGAGCCAACCACACAGGGACUCCAAGAAGCCUUAAUAAAAGGCAAAGUGCAUCUUUGCUGGACGGCGUUGGAAACGAGGAGAAACCAACAGAAAAGGACAGCACCAAAAGGGCAACCGCAAGGGUUUCUGCUUUUUGGAACACUCUUAACCCAGGGCUCCAGGCCAGUCCCCCCACGAGCCAGGUGAGCCGCCGCCACCUCCCCGGCGUCUGCGGGACCUGCUCCUCCAUGAACUUGCCAAAACCCGAGCGCCUGCGCCCCACACCGCGGCGCAGCCUCCCAAGCUCCGACGGGGAAGACGGUGAGAUCGACAUCCUGGGAGAGGAGGAAGAUGAAGACGAGGAGGAGGAAGAGGAAGACGAAGAGGCGGAGGAGAGCCAGCGGCUCCUAGAGGAGCUGCAACCGCCGCGGACGCAGGAGGCGCGGCGGGGCGCGGGCGCGCUUCCCCGAGAGCCCCCCGAGAGCGGCGGCGCCCCGAGCGACUCCUCCAAGUUCGGCGCCAAGUUCAGGGCAUCGAGCGGCCCUGCGGCGGCCUCUGGGGACGGCCCGCAGCCGGCGAAGCCCCCCUACUCGUACAUCGCGCUCAUCACCAUGGCCAUCCUGCAGAGCCCGCACAAGCGCCUCACGCUCAGCGGCAUCUGCGCCUUCAUCAGCGGCCGCUUCCCCUACUACCGCCGCAGGUUCCCCGCCUGGCAGAACAGCAUCCGCCACAACCUCUCGCUCAACGACUGCUUCGUCAAGAUCCCCCGCGAGCCCGGCCGCCCCGGCAAGGGCAACUACUGGAGCCUGGACCCCGCCUCCCAGGACAUGUUUGACAACGGCAGCUUCCUCCGCCGCAGGAAGCGCUUCAAGCGCCACCACCCGCCCCCGGGAGUCCACCUGCACCACCCCUUGGCCCUGCCCGCCGUGCCCGCCGCCCUGCACGGCGCUUACCCGGGCCUGCUGCUCGGGCCGCCCGCCCCGCCGCAGCCAGUCCCAGGGCCCUACCCCGCCGCCGCCGCCGCCGCCGCCGCCGCCGCGAGCCGCCCGUGCGCGCUCCUGCACCCUCACCCGCUUCGCUACCUGCUGUUGUCGGCCCCGGCCCGCGCCGAGAUGCCCAAGAAAGCGCAAGGCGCCGACCUGGCCACCCCAGGCGCGAUCUCGGCCUGCAGCCCUCUCUGCGCUCGCAGCUUCGGGAGGAGGGCAAGGCGCGGGCGGCGCGGCUGGGAGACGGAUGCUCACCCUUCAGUAUCGAGAGUAUCAUGCACGGGGUCCGGGGAGGGGGCACCAGGGCCGCGCAGAGUCCGCCCCCGACCCCGUGGGGCUACUGCCACCUGCUGCAGCGCCCGUCGUGCCUGCCGAACGAUUUUAGGGCAACAGCAGCCGCCGCCGCAGCCCCAGCAGCAGGAACGUACCCGCGGCUGCACUCCCAGCGAGGGCGCUCCGCUGGGCCAACACCUGUCCGCCCCCGCGGCGCUGCUGGGGUGUCAGCCUGGAGCAGAGGGCUCUCGGCUGACCACGGUGGCCAGCCUGUCCGGCAGAGAGGGUAUCUUGCCAGCUUUUUGAGUAGCAUCCACACCUUGUCCUGGCGCUGACUCCGCCGGGCGCACCUGCAGCCAAGUUGGUCUUCGGCUCUCACCCUCACCACCCUGCACGGCAGGGACAACGCGGAUGCAUCUGAAUCCCUCAGCAGAACAACCACUAACUGAACCAUACAGUUAGGGUCGCUGCAAAAUAUUUACAAAGCUCAAGUUGGAUGCUGUUCAGACAACCGGGACAUAAAC